AGAAGACUUUGAGGAGUAAAGAAUUGAAGUUGGGCAGGUCUGGGGUAGGAAAAUCACUAAGGAGUAACUUAGUUACAACCACACAAGGUAUAACCAUCAGCGCUAUCAGGAGUGGCCUCAGACAAACUGGAAAGCAGCAGGAGGCCAGCUCCACGGAGAGACUACCGCAGUGCAGGAGAAGUGAUAUAAUUCAGAAGACAGAGGUUGGCGAUAAUUGCUUGUAAUUGAACGUGGCAGGGGAUGUAAGAAGAUUCACACGCAUGCUACUGGAAUGCAGCAGCAAUGACAAGCUAUGUGUUUUGCGUGAAUACCAGACUGAAGUGAUCAUUAUCCCAGUUCUCCUUGUGGGUGCUUUUAUCAUCCUGGUAAGUGUGAUCCUUUGGCUCCACUGUCGAGGCAUGAGAACAAAGCAGGAGGAAUCAUCACCACCUGGACACCAAGUGAAUGACAAGAAUCAGCAGGAAUCCAGCUUAGCAGAGAACCCCUACAUCCGGCUGAGUGAGACAACUGUGGAGAGUCUGCUAAAUUCUGUAUCCUUGACUCUUAAAGAACUAGAGAUACCACGACAGAAACUCUCAUCAGGCACUUUGGAGCUGAUACACCAUGGCAGCUAUGGGAGUAUCUACAGGGCAGAAUUGAAAAUUGAGAACCCCAGGAGUACUAGGACUGUCGUACUGAAAGCCUUACAAGACCUGGCUGGUCCCUGGGAAAUAAAAGAUUUCCUGGGAAGGAUUAAAUUCCAUCAAAAUCUUGGCCAUCAUGAGAAUCUGGUGGAAUUGGUUGGAUGCUGUGUAGGCCAGCUCCCCCUUUAUAUGAUCAUGGAGGAUAUGUCUCUUGGUGACCUGUUGACCUUUCUAUGGACAUGUCGGAAGGAUGUAAUGACAGUGGAUGGUAUCCCCUACGACAUCACUGAGAGGCAGAUAUAUGAAGUUGGACAGCAUGUUGCAGCAGCUCUGGGUUACCUCGAGCAGAAGAAGUUGUUCCAUGGUGAUGUUGCUGCCAGGAAUGUCCUCCUUCAGCACAACUUCACUGCCAAACUCUGUGGUUUGAGGCUGGCCUAUGAAAUUCACACAUAUGGUGCCAGCUCGGUCACACAGAUUGUGCCUCUCAAGUGGCAGGCACCAGAGCGACUCCUGAAGAAAGCCCUCAGCAUCAAGGCAGACAUAUGGUCUUUUGGAAUUCUAUUAUAUGAAAUGGUUACAUUAGGUGCUCCACCAUAUCCUGAGGUGCCACCUUCUGACAUUUUACCAUACCUGCAGAAACGGAACAUCAUGAAACGGCCCUCAAGUUGCCAGCAAGCCAUGUAUAGCAUCAUGAAGUCCUGCUGGCAGUGGACUGCAACUAGCUGGCCUUCCCCAGCAGACCUGACCCAGUGCCUACAAACAGCUAUAAAGUGCAGCAAUGACCAUGAAGUAUUGCAGGUACCUGAGAUGGUGGUGCCUGAAUUCUAUGCUAAUGUUGCUGGUGUUGAUGUGGGUAGUCUAGUGAGCAACUACGCUGUACUCUGAAGGAACCUUUCACAUGUCAGGAAAGGAGAAGUCUCUGACAUUGCUGCUUUCUAGACACUGUCAAAGUUCAGAAUGAGGCAUGUAUCCUGGGAAGUAUCCCUUUGUUUUUUAAACACAUUAUAUAUUUCAGAUUUCUCCUUCACACCUGAAACAAUGGAUUAGCAGUAUUAUUACUAUUAAUUCACCCUGUUGAUACCACUCUAUUAGAAAGGGUCCAACCAAACACAGCAGUGGUCAUUUGGGAGCAAAGUGGGUUUAGGAAGAUACAGAAAAUGUGUUGGGAAAUUUGAGUUAAAGCAAAAAGAGAGAAAAUUGAUCCAGAAUAUCAAGAAGCAUUUUGAGAGUUUUUGGAAAUCUCUCCCCAUUAUUUCUGUCCCACGAAACUGCAUUACUGGGGUAUUCGAAAGAGAAAGUAGGUGAUGUUCUGGGGAUUAUGCUAUGGAGCACAGUCCUGCAGGAGAAAGUGGACAGGAUAGGUAACACAAAUGGAUAGUUUCCUGUCCAUUAGUUACACAUUCACUAAGGACCCACUUAAGUCAGUUGCACUCUUGCCUUUAAGUGUCCAGUAACUCUCUGGGACUUCUCCUGGUGCUUUAUGCCCUAGUUCCCCAUGGGAGAAGGGGAACUGUAUAUUCUAUUGAAAUAAAAUACCUGCAUAUCUGGGGAUGCAGAAGUCGUUACACUAAUGUACUACAUUUUCCUGAUGUAGAUUGUGUCUUUUCUAUGGUAGCUGUAGGGUCACAUGAGUACUGCAAGGCAAAAUCCCUAUUAUCCCAUCAUCUCAGGGAAAAGUCCUUACUUUAAGUUCUCAGGGAUGGUCCUUAACUGAUCAUUCAUUUAAGCAGAGCAGAUGAUUUAUUCAUGUGCUUUUCCUUUAAGCUGCUAGUUGCUGACUUAAUUAUUUUGUUUUUUGGGGGGGACAUCUGGCCUUAAUUAUAACAGCUACUGUGAAAAGAAUACAGAAAUGGUCUGAAUACACCAAACAAGAAAGGUUGAGCUACAGUACAAACAACAUACAAUAAGAAUAAAUGUGCACAGUGACACUGUGUGAUUGGGGUGAGAAUAUACUGCAUAUUGUAUGUAUGGUGAUACAUUUACUGUAUGACUUCUGUAGUGAGAAUAUGGAUAUUGAAUGCUGACUUCCUAACUAUCCUAUGACAAAUUGACAGUAUGUAGCAUUUUGUGAAUACUGUGAGGAUAACAGAGCUGUUUCAAGAUUUUGCACAGUAAUAAUACAAGCACUUUGAUAAUCAUACAGAGAAGAUGAAUUUAUGCCCACUGAGCUGCUGGAUGUGAACUCAAGAUUCAGUUUAAAAUAAUAGUGUGAGAAAUUUUUGCUAUGUGGUAUGUUUAUAUAUCAUUUAUAUGCCAUGCAUUGUUCCAGUAAGGAUUUUAAUGACUAGGGUAGUUGCACUGGUGAUUUAUAUGAGUGCAUGUGGUUUGACUACCAAGUUAUGGGUAGGCUUUGGCUGUGCCAGCGUUAUAGCACGGAUAUUAGUAGUGCCUAUGCUAAGACUUGACCUAGGGCAGCUGAGCAGUUGAAAUCCCAGUGGAAAAGUACCUGUGUGCCUUCAGCGUCUGCCUGGAACAGGGAUAUGUCUUUGUAAUUAAAAAAAAAAGAAGAAGAUUUUUGCUUGAUCAAUAACACAAUUUUAAUAAACAUGCAAACUUUCUGAAAAAAAUCAGAGGCACUUCUUGAAGUCAUGAACAUUUUUGCCUUCAUUUCAAAAUAAGCAGAAUCAGUCUGUUCACAAAACAAAUUUCCUCAUCUGACUUCCACUUCUUCCUGCUUCUGCCUGAGUUGAAAGCACCCUAAAAAACAUUCUUUUCUCUAAUUAUUUUGGCACUUGGAGCAAUAAAGACACUAGUAAAAAAAAAGAAUAAAUUCAUAUU